AUGCGCGGCAUUAACCGGGGCGUCGCGGAGCCACUAACCGUCGGCCUCGACGUCUAUCCGCCGCAGCGUCGGUACCGCCACUACGGCAGCUCGGAGUACCGACAGUCCGAGGAGGCCCAGCGGGAUAAAGAGGACCGGUUCGUAAAGACGCGGUCCCCAACGCCGCCAGCCGUCCUGGCUAACGACGGCGGCGGCGGAUUCUGGCUGGCCUCGGUGGCCGCGGGGGCCGGGGCCGGGGCUGUUUUACCCCCGCACGGGGCCCACCCGGCGGUCAUGGACGUCGGGACGCCCGGCCUCGGCUCGACCGAGACUGGCUUCAUCAACAGCCAGCCGUCCAUGGCCGAGUUCAUGACGGCUCUACCUCAAAUGGGCGGGACCGAGGGCCCAAUACAGCAUUCGCCCGGGGCCACGGGCAGACCGAUGAGCCCUGCCGCCCAUCAUCCGGGAUACCACGGGAUGAUAGACCCGCACGCGGUCCAGGACGGCUCGGGGGUCAACGUGCCCGAGUAUCCGUGGAUGAAGGAGAAGAAGACUACGAGGAAAAGUAGUCAGCAAGAGAACGGCUUACCAAGAAGAUUAAGAACGGCUUAUACAAACACCCAACUAUUGGAGCUCGAGAAGGAGUUUCACUUCAAUAAGUACUUAUGUCGACCUAGAAGAAUAGAGAUAGCGGCAUCGCUCGAUCUGACUGAAAGGCAGGUGAAGGUGUGGUUUCAAAAUCGCCGAAUGAAACAUAAGCGACAGACUCUGAGCAAAGAGGACGGCGACGACAAAGAUGGCACAUCGUCCGAUGGCCUCGAGAAAUCAAAGAGCGACAAGCUCCUCGGCAUGGACGAUGACGAAAAGAAAAGCUGCCACAACUGUGAUAUAUCCGGAGUCGGCGACGUCGGCAGCACGUUAUCCGGCGACGUGACCGAACUCACCUCCGUCCGCGGUGGCGGCAACAGCAACAACAAUACACCCAGUGCAACCAAUAACAACAACAACAAUAACAAUAACAACAAUCCAAGCUUCAACGCCAACAGUAAUGGCGCGAGUAGUGUAGGAAGUACCAACAGCGUCUCCAGCACAUUUGAUAAAAUGAUGGUCGACGAGGAUUCCCGAUCACAGGAGGGCAGCGACACGACCUCGCCCAGCCUUUCAUCUAAAAAAUCCGAUGUCAGGAUCAAGGUUGAGUCCGAGCAUAAGAUUUCGAAUUCUACGAAACAGCAACAGCAACAGCAGCAGCAGCAGCAGCAACAGCAGUCGCAGCAGUCGCAGCAGUCGCAAUCGCAGCAGCCACAGUCACAGAUCAGCAUAAGUAAAAAGUCACCGUCGACGAGCUCAAAAGACAUGUGCUCGGUAAGCAGUAAUGGUGUCCUGCUGGCCCUGCCGGAUUCCACGGUCGGCACCCCGAAUCUACCGAAUCAGCCUGGCUCCUCGACGCGCAGCCUCACACCCUCCUCAACUCCGAGCACCCCGGCCUCGGUCCAGCUACAGGGUAGCCCUCUGAGCGUCCAGCAGGUCGCCCACGUCUACAUGCAGCGUCCUCGGAGUUCGCCGUCCUCGAGCGUCGGGGUGUUGCACACACAGAGUACCAAUCCAACGGCCGCGAACUCGCCCCAUACCCGAGGAAUGCCACCAGGAAGCCAAGCUCACUUCCAGCAGGGAGUCUACCACCAGGUCUCAGCUAGCGUCGAUUACAGGAACGGCAUCCAGGCCAGCCGACAAACCGGGCCGAUCGCCAACCAACAAACCGCCUAUUGCUCGCGGGAGGCCGCCUACCACCAGCAGAGGAUCGCCUACCUCGGGGAGAUGCAUCCCCAGUACGGGCGCCAAGGUCCGACCGGGCCCAAUCGCGUUAAUCAUCACGCAAGGGCCAGCGCCGCGCGGUCCAUGUACAAUCAUCACUCAAUGCAGCAAUUUCAUCAGCAACACAAUCAUUACGCCAGCACCGGCGAUUAUAACGGAUACGCGCAACCCGGAACCUACCACGCCUCUUAUCACGCUCGGAGUAUGCCAAGCGCAAACAGUGCGACAUACGGCCCAGGCUCGCAAGCCUAUCCACCGGCUCCCGAGCACAACGGCUCCGAAAACUACAUGCCCAGCAACAAUUACGGCUAUGCCCCGGUCGCCUCCUAUCAUACGUCGACUAGCGGUGCCGACGUUACGUCAAUUCCUGGACAUCAGUCUCACGCGUCAGUGCCAUCCCAAUCCAAUCAGCACUACUAUGCCGAUGUCCAUCACCACAGCCAUCAGCAGCAACAGCAACAGCAUGGUGGCAAUGGCACUGGCAGCGGCGGCGGCGGAGGUGGCGGGAACACGGGUGGUGGCACCAAGUGCCAUCCAGGAAACGUAUACUACGAGCAACAGCCCCAGCCCCAGCCGAGCGGCCAAGUGCACGUACACCAGGGCGGCGAGGCUUCGAGCAUCCCAGCCAGUUACGUCUCCUCGCCAGAUCCUUUCCCCGCGGCCCCGGGUAUCGCUACGACCGCAACCGCGAUAGCCGCAGCCACGUCCGCGGUAAUCACGCCUCCCACUGGCCCAGCGCCCGGACACUCCGAGUCCGGGCAGCACGACGCCUACAGCGCCUUUGCCGGUUACUACGGGACCGAUGGAACAGCCCAGGCCCAACCCCAGGCCGAUAACAGCAACAGUUCCUCGGAUUUCAACUUUUUGAGCAAUCUCGCCAACGACUUUGCCCCCGAAUACUAUCAGCUCAGCUGAGCACACGAGCACGAUGUCGUCGUCACGGCGGCGUCCGCCGGCUGUCAACAGCAUCAGCCACAGCAACAACAGCAACAACAGCAACAGCAGCAGCAGCUCGACUGGAGCGACGAGCAGUAUCUUCUGAACGAGCUCUACUGAUCGGCGGCAGAGGAGCGCCGAGGGUUCGGGAUGCCUAAGGAACCCCGACCGGAUCAGUCGACGUGUUCGCGCGCGGCUCUGGCCCAUGGCCAAACAUAACAAAAGAGAAUCACGAACGACUGCCGCUGCCAUCCCAACUUACUUUCCUUUUAACCCGACGAGUCGCCGUGACGCUCCUCCUUUUCUCCAGGUCACGCGACACUACAGACUAGCGUUUUGAAGCAGCGUACAAAACGAUUAUGCUUUUCUUUAUGAAGAGCCAAACAACGAGAAGCCGAACGUGGGCCUUUUCCUUUUGCAGGCGCAGCUCUC